AUGGCGGCCAGUGGGAUCCCAGCUUUGAGCCUCUUACUGCUGAUGCAGGGCUCAGUAGAUGGGAAUGGAAUCCAGGGAUUCUUCUACCCGUGGAGCUGUGAAGGAGACGUGUGGAACCGGGAGAACUGUGGGGGAGAGGCGGCCAUUGAGAACCCCAAUCUCUGUCUGCGUCUACGAUGCUGCUACCGAGAUGGCAUCUGCUACCACCAGCGGCCGGACGAGAAUAUGCGGAGGAAACACCUGUGGGCGCUGAGCUGGACGUGUGCGGGCCUUCUCUUCGUGAUCUUCGGGGUCUUCUUGUAUUGGUGGGUCAAGAGCCGGGGUAUACAGCUCCCAGGGUUCAAAUACCAGCCGUCCAGAUCCGUCUCUAUGUCAUCCCAGGCCAAGAAAAAGGGCAGCCAGUCAGCCACCCUUCCUUUGAAGGGUUCCCAGGACGUCUCAGAAGGGGAAGACACAGUAGGGGAAGACGAUUAG